GCAUCCCACUGAUGAGAGCAAAUUGUCUGGCCAAAAUCAAUGUAUAGCAAGCCUUAUUUAAAAAAAAUAGUUAUUGUUGUCAAAAAUCAGCGGAGCGCGCAUGAAAAUUUGCGAAAAGUUGUUGUCAAAUAUUCAUAAUUUUGGUCUUCCUAACACAUAUUACUCAUUUCCAAUAAAAUGUCAGGACGAGGUAGAAAUCGCCGUGGGAACCGCAGUCACCACCACAACCAGAACCACACUUUAUCCUCCGUGGCCAAGGAGACGGCAGAGUCCCUGCCGGCGGAUAGUCCGGUUCUGGCGCUGUUUAAAGCCACAGCGCAGAAGCUCACGGAGCGCCAAGACCGCCACGAGCGGCUCGUUAAACUUUCGAGGGAUAUCACCAUUGAGAGCAAGCGGAUUAUCUUUCUCCUACAUUCUUCUAUGACCAAAGAAUCUGCUGAGAAAGUUCUCCAAGAGGCCAAGGAGCGAAUUCAGAAACUAAUCCAAGGGCCUCUCAAGUCUAUUGGUUUAGAGCUUGAGCACAGCCCAGCGCACCUGCAUGGCAGAGCUGUAACUGCAGGGUUUCAGGAGUUCAUAGAGGCAUGGACAUUCUUCACACUAAUGGAGCAGAAGCAGAUCAUAUCAUGGAAGGAUGUGCAGAGCCAACUGACAUAUAAAGUGGCUGCUAAGGACUCGGAGGAGGAGCGGACAGUAGUCACCAUGCUCACUUACAAUGAUUACAUGCUAGGGAUAGCAGAUUUAACAGGAGAACUGAUGCGAAAGGCAAUCAACAGCAUCUCCAGCGGGGACAGUGAGGAUUGUUUCUACGCUUGUCAGGUCGUGCGCGACCUGUACACAGGCUAUUGUGGUCUAUUCGGCGGCGGGCGCGAGCUCGGCCGCAAGUCGUCGACGACCCGCGCCAGCGUGGCCAAGGUGGAGGCGGCCGUGUACGCGCUCACGGUGCGCGGCGGCGAGGCGCCCGCGCCGCUGCUGCUGCCCGCGCCGCCGCCCGACCACUGGGAGCGCGACCGCGACGAGGACGAGGGCUUCUACUAGCUCCCCCGCCCCGCCCUGUGCUGCCAUGCCGGCCACGUUCUGUCGCCCCGCUGCCCGCUCGGCAUCAUUCGCGGGGUACAUUCCCUUUUUAUUUCGCCGGGCACAGAUGGGAAUAUAAGGCCGUUCAUACACUCGAUCGAGUUAAAUGUACGACCUUGAAAUGCUGCCGCUGGCGUUCUGUCCGCGGCUUUCGAGUUUGAAAGAAUAAUUACGAAUUAAGAACGAACAAUUGAACGUGUCUAUACUUCAACUGUUUAAAUUGAAUCUUGUAAUAUUUUGUACAGUCAAGGUAUUAAAUAUCGAUACGGACAAAGUGCCAUAAAUAUGUAUACACUACUUUAAUGUAUAGGCAAUAAGGUCGUGUGUACAUAUUUUUGGCACUUUGUACGUGUCGAUAUUUAAUACCUUGACUACUACUUAUUUCGUAGACCUGUGAAUCGUUAAGAAAUUUUUUAAAUUCGUGAUAGUUUUUUUGUAAAAUCUAUCUAAUUUAACAGCAGUUUAACACCACCCUAUUUUGCGCCGAGUGUAUGACCAUCUUUCAAAAGGUGAUGAAGUCCAUCUAAGAUAACUCUGCACCGUGUUUGAUAGCAAAGAAUGUGGAAGUGUUAUUUUAACCUUUCGACCACCACAAUCGGCUGUGGUCGUCAUCGAAAAAUCUUGCCAAGGACGCCAACGACGGCCACAGCCGACAACUUCGCCAAUGCAAUAGGGACUUACGCGGCACUCCGUAAAGUUCAAUUUCGCUUAAAUAAUCGAUCACCUGGCGUCCGGGGUACGGCAUAUUCCUUCGCAGUCUGGCGUUCAAAAGGUUUAACAUCAUCAUAAUGUCAGAAAUUUGACAUUUAUGAUAACACUGUUACACUCUGUGCUUUCGAACACGAUGCAGAGUUAGUUUGGACGGAUUCUAGAAAGUGAUGUCAUGAUGUGACUGAUAUGUAGUUAUUUAAGAUUACGUUUUAUAAAAUUUAGUAUGUGAAAUUAAAAUCAAUAAAACUAAAUUAAUA